AUGGACAAUGCAUACACGAGGGCAGAUUUUGAUCGCCUCAUGGAAGAUAUGGACAAUAUCGAUAAUAGGGUGAGGGGUUACCUGUUCGAUGUUGGCUAUGAAAAAUGGUACAUAGCUCAUUCCACAGUAAACAGAUCCAUGGUGAUGACUUCAAAUAUAGCGAAGUCCCUAAAUUCAGCAACUAGACAUGCAAGAGACCUGCCAAUCAAGAGUUUGCUACAAUUCAUGAUGGACUUGGUUAUGAGAUGGAACAAUGACAACCAAAAGGAUGCAACAGCAACAUUUACUGAAUUAGGGAACAAAUAUAACAUAAUAAUGAAGGAGAAUAUCAUUUUGUCGGAUAAAAUGACGGUAAUGACUUCAACUCAUUAUGUAUAUUUAGUUAUGGAUGGUGAAAAGCGCAACAUAGUGUGCAUGCAUGAAAAGAAGUGCAGUUGCCAACGAUUUCAAAUCGACGGGAUCCCUUGUCCACAUGCUAUGGCGGUAUUGAGCUACACAUAUAUGGAGGUGCAAAAUUAUUGCGCUGCUUAUUACACCAGAGAAUACUUUUUGAAGGCAUAUGAAAUGCCAGUGAAUCCACUUCCUGAUGAGAGUGCAUGGGACAUUCCAACAGAGGUAUUAGAUCAAAUAGUCAAACCACCGACAUGGAUUCGCAGACCAAGUAGACCAAGGGUUAAACGAUACAAGGGAAUUUUCGAGUAUUUGGCUACUUCAAAUCCAAUCUCAUGUGGUCGGUGUGGACAAAAAGGGCACAACAGAAGGACAUGCAAAAAUGCUUCCACAAGAAUCUAA